CUAACCUUCCAGGCACAAUACAAUGCUGGGCAGCCCGGGACCCGGCAGUCAGGAGCGCACAGCCCCCAGUCUGUCAGUCCUGCUGCUUUAUACGGGUACAACUCUCUCAGGGGAGACUCUCUAAGCUUUCACCUACAGACAUAACCUGCCUGCAAUUCCUCCUCUCACCUAACUUCAUACCUUGCUUCACCCUGCAUGUCUAUGGAACAACCUGAGGAAGAAGAAUAAAACCAGAGGGUGUGGGGUGCUGACUGACGUCAUGUAGAGGCAAAUAUUAAUGAUGUCUUUCCUUGCAGUGACUACCUACGGGUCGGACUCAGGACUUAACCCAUGCUGUGCUGCCUGGAAGACUUCAGCAAAAAAAAACAAUUACGUGAGUAAACAUUUUAACUUUCCCUCUCUCCCAGCCCGCCACUAGGGGGAGCUCUGGUGACACGCAUGCGUCCUCAGCCCAGGUGAUGGCAGAGAAAAAAGAGCCUGAGCACACAGCAUCACUCCCAGGCUGGAUGGAGGGGUCACUUCAAUGUGUACAGUAAAAGUUAGUUCAGGAGAGACUCUGGAUUAUCACUCUGGACAAUUGACAUUUCAUUUCUUUUUAUUUAUUUUCUUUAUAAAUAUUUCUUUUUUUUUUUUUUAUUUAAAUAGCAACAUUUGAUGGAUUUGAUUUUAUUUAGUAACUCCCUCUACUUCAUAACUACAUUGCAAUGGUAAAUGUUCAUAGUCUGUGGGUGGGGCUGAGGAGUUAACCCAUGCUGUGCCGCCUGGAGGACGAAAAAAAAAAAAAAAAGGAAAGAGACUGGGCUGAGUAAGGAACAAGAUCUGGGUGAGGAGCAUCAACAAACAAAACUACUGCUGCUGCAGCUGACACCACAACUACCAGUGAGCCUCUGCAGCCUGUCCCUACUGCUCCAUAGCCAACAAAGGUAUGAAACGUUCACUGAGUCCCGAUCACGAGCAAGAAAAUGGAAGGAUGAGCGCGGCAAUGUUUUUACGAUGUUUUGAGGAAAAAGUGACUUGGACGGACAGGACAGACUGCCAAUUCUCCAGUGAAAAGAAGAAGAUCUUAUAUUCGCUAUGCGAAGUGUGCAACAUUCAGCUGAACUCUGCAGCUCAGGCACAGAUUCAUUACAAUGGAAAGUCCCAUCUAAAGAGAGUAAAGCAGCUAAACAAUGGAAAGUUACCAACCAACGCAUCGUCCGGAUCUUUACUUGUAAGCGCCACUGGAGGUAGCACAUGUCACACCACCGCUCUCCCAGCGCUAGUCAGGACUCCCAGCCUCAUGGUUCAACCGUCCUUGGAUAUGAAGCCCUUUGUGUCAUUCCCAAUGGAAAAUAGUCCAGCUGUUGGACUCUUCCCAAACUUCAACACAAUGGAUCCUGUGCAAAAAGCAGUCAUAAACCAUACGUUUGGUGUUUCCAUUCCACCAAAGAAAAAACAAGUCAUUUCUUGCAAUGUCUGCCAGCUUCGUUUUAAUUCCGAUAGCCAAGCUGAAGCGCACUACAAAGGCAGUAAACAUGCCAAGAAGCUCAAAGCACUGGAGUCCACGAAGAAUAAGCAAAAAACGGGUUCUCCCAAGGACAGCGCCAAGGCUAUUACGAGCUCAACGGCCAGCCACAAAUCAGAUGAAGAAGAGCGAUUAAAAGCCAGUAGUUCUGUUAGCCACAGUAUGGCUGAAAUACGAUCUUUUAUUGCCCAGACAGAGGUUGCAUUAACAGCAGUAAUACCGGCAGCACUUGUGAAGAGCACCAAUGGCACCGCAGUCAAUGCUUCUGAAUCAGAAGAAGAGAAAGCCAAGAAGUUAUUGUACUGUUCACUAUGCAAAGUAGCAGUCAACUCAUUGUCACAACUAGAGGCACACAACACAGGUUCAAAACACAAGACAAUGCUAGAGGCUCGGAAUGGGGCAGGUCCAAUUAAGUCCUAUCCUAGGUCUGGAUCCCGACUAAAAAUCCAGAAUGGCAGCAAAGGUUCAGGACUACAGAACAAAACAUUUCAUUGUGAAAUUUGUGAUGUCCACGUAAAUUCAGAAAUCCAGCUUAAACAGCACAUCUCCAGCAGAAGACAUAAGGACAGAGUAGCAGGAAAGCCAAUGAAGCCUAAAUAUAGCCCAUACAACAAACUUCAGCGCAGCCCUAGUAUUUUAGCGGCAAAACUGGCAUUCCAGAAAGACAUGAUCAAGCCUUUAACACCGACCUUUUUGUCUUCACCUCUCGCAGCAGCUGUGACAUCAACCCUCUCAUUACCGCCACGACCCCACAAUUCUCUAUUUCAGGGGUCUGGGUUACCCCCUACUUUUUUAAGACCAGCACACGCCUCCAUUCGAGCGACUACAGCCUCCAUUCUGUUUGCACCUUAUUAAGAGGGUAGUGCCGACAGUAGCUUAGAAUGGACAAAGGAAUAGAACCUACAGACUCCUUGCACUGUCGUUGUUUCUCUUAAAGGGCCGUCUGGAAAUCAGAGAGCACACAGGCUCAGCCAUUCUUUGCCAUUAUGAAUAAAAAAAAAAAAAAAGCUCAGUAAACAAUCACUGAAAUACUUGCAGUCUGUGUUGUGAAAAGCUUUUUCUAAGCUCAUGUAGGAUUGUUUUCGCAACUUUGUCUGUGAUCCUUUUUUUAUUGUACCAUCAGCGAAUGCAUUUUUUUUGUUGUUGUUUUUUUGUUAGUUUUUUUUUUUUGUUUUUUUUCCUGGCAGACUUGAAAAUGGGGGUCUUCCUAGUCCUUUGAUGUAAAUACAUGUUUGGAAUCCAAAUGUCCAUCUUGAAGUGUGGAAUCUAUAGACUUAAUUUUAAAAAAAAGUGCUUUAUUGUGGAUAACACCAAAUCAGUGGCUAACAUAAAGUAUUAUUCUAUGUGAUCAACUUGUAAAGUUUACAGGGAACGUGUAGUAUUGUUCUAGACCCAAAUGUUGUUGUGUCUUGUAUAGUUCUAGAAUCUAAAUGCUGUGUUUCAACUGAAAGGCAACUCAGCUUUGAUGCAAUUUUAGUUUCCAUUUUCGUUCCAGUUUUGAUAGAUGAUCCAACCUAGAAAAGCCAUAUUACAUUAUAUUGUCAUCCAGAGAAAUCAUCACCUUCUUCAGUUGCUUUAGCCCAUGAAUCUGCUAAGAUAUUGUAAAAGUAGAUCAAAUAUAUAUAUAUAUAUAUAUAUAUAUAUAUAUAUAUA